GGGGCUUGUGUGUGAGUGACAGUGGGGGCGGGGUCUGUGCGCAGAUAGAUUGAAUCGAACAGCUGAGAAUGAGCGUGAGCGGCUGAAGGGAAUAUAACGCAGCGGAUUGACUAACAGAAAAAACGUUAAAACAAAGAGCACACAAAAGAAGGAUACAUCAUCACAAGAGAUUGGGGUGAAGAUGACGGUUCGAUGAAGACUGAGACUGUUGAAAUGCGCGCACGAGAUAGAUUUUCUUUAUAACUCGCCUUAUUGUCUACGAUGAUAUCAUUUCUUGCUCAAAUGAAGAGAAAAUGCAGCAAAAGCUCCACUGACCUGAAGAUUUGGGAGAAAAUCAAAUAAUCGCGUACAAGCAGAGCGACACCACAAUCCUGCAGCGGCUGCACGAGGCGAAAUGUGACAUUUCAGACACGCGCAUUGAAAGAACGCGCACAGCAGACGCUUGAAUCUCUCACGAGUCCACAUUUAACACAGCAGCUGCCUUCACUCGACAUAUCUCACUAAGAUGUCAUUAGUUCAUGUGUUGUUCAUACUCCUCGUUGGGCUGGACGUGAGUUUGUCUCAAGAUGAGAAGCCGUCUGUUCCGUGGGGCUGCAGGUUCGGUCUCACACAACCCUACACUCUCUUAUGUGACCUGGAUGUCAUGUGGGGCGUGGUGGUGGAGGCCGUAGCAGCAUCUGGUGUGUUAGCUGCUGUUUUGCUGGCAUUGGUGUUGCUGUGUCGUCUGCGCUCGGUGACUGAGGCACAGAAGCGGAGCGGCAUCGGAACGAUUCUGCUGCUGUUGUUCGGCAUCAUCGGCCUGUUUGGACUAAGCUUCGGAUAUCUUAUUGAGCCCGAUGAGAGCCUUUGCGUGGUGCGGCGCACCCUGUGGGGAAUUUUUUUCGCCCUCUGUUUCUCCUGCAUGUUGGCACAAGGCGUGAGGCUGCGCAGGCUCGCACGCGAGUCUCGUACCCCGGGUGGGUGUUCUUUGGCCGGGUUGGCGCUUGGCUUGACGGCAGUUCAGGGUAUCAUCGCUGCCGAGUGGCUCCUCCUUACGGUGUUGCGGGAGGGUCACCCGGCAUGUCAUUACCAGCCUCUGGACUUUACACUCGCCUGUUCUUACGUGCUGGGGCUCCUGCUGGCCGCUCUUAUAAGUGCUGGAUUAGCAUUGUGCGGGAAGACACGAAAGUGGCGGUGUAAUGCUGUGUGGCUUCUGGUCUCCUGCCUGAUGUCCAUUCUCCUGUGGGUGGCUUGGGUCGGUUUCUACGCCUAUGGAAAUCAAGCGCUCGGCAAGUCUCCGGACUGGGAUGAGCCGGCCCUGGCCGUGGCGCUGGUGGCACAGGGAUGGCUGUUGUUGCUGUGUCACGCUGCCCCUGAAGCCCACGCCUGUCUGCAAGCACCACCUCAACCUCUGGUUCCAGACUAUUUCGACACGUCCCAAAAUUCUUCACGCAUGAGGGAGACCAGUCUUGAAGAAGACAUCCCACUUUCACACAGGCAGUUUGUGGACAGCCAGGGAUACGCUUUUGAUGAAAACACUGCAGGGUUGAGAAGUGGCAGUCAUCAUAACGGCAGCACGGGAGCCAGACCCAGCGCCCCGUUCAGAAGUAAUGUCUACCAGCCCACUGAGAUGACCAUGAUACUCAAUGGAGGAGCAGUGAGUAUAUCAACCGCCCUAUUGAAGAAAGCGUUCUGCCUUCUGCGUGGAUCAUUAACUCACCUUUCCUUACUCAGUGCUUUCCUCACUGUCUCCUUCAGAAGUGUUCGGCCUUUCAAUAAGUCAAAGCAUUGCUCACAUUCUGUAUGUUCACUUGACAGGAGCACUUGACGUUGUUUAAGGUUUGCGUGUCAUCGAGCAGCAGGUGUGAAACAGUAUAUGGGACACAUUUUAGAUUGCACAUUCACAUCACUAAUCAACAUCCAAUAUUAGCCGUUAUUAUUAGUCCAAAAGUGUGUACAUUUACUCGAAUGCUUCUUUACUUCACUUCCUCACCUUUCAGAGAAAGAAACUUCAGGAUGUUCAGUGGAAAUGAGAGGAGUGUAAUUUCUGUCUUGUUGUGGUCUCACACUUAAAGAAACUGCUGAAGUGUUUGAUCCAAGCGGCAACCUUCCGAUCUCUCUCGUGAAGCCAACACGGAAGUGACUUACACUGCAAUUCAUUGACUGGCCACUAGAGACUGGCUCCAAAACAGAGCAGAAUCUCAUUGAGCCCCAUGUUAAAAUGGGCAACUUUACAGCAAAAAACAAACAAACAAACAUGUUUACAGCCUGUUACAAAAAAAGAACUAAUUUUCCCCUUCAUGACAACUGUGAGGAGGGUGAAUGUUUUUAUAACUCACCCAUUGUUUUUAUAACUCACCCAGGCGUUAAGUUUAGGAUAUUUUUAUGUGUCGAAAUGAAACGUUGGUUAAUAUUUACCAAAGACAACACAGGGAUGCCAGAGGAGGAGGGCGGAGAAGCGCUGCAGUCAGAAAGGCCAUCGACCUCAGGUACAAAAAGAGACUGGCGUUUGCAUAAAAAGGACAUCCAACAGCACUCCAAUCAGUUUGAUGAAAUUUGCCUAUCUGUAGUAAUAGUUCAUGGUUUAUGUAUAACAACAAGUAAAAUAAUGAGUAAAUAACUAUAAAGUCAUAUUAUGUUCGACUGUGUUCUUUUGUGUUGUCGUUAUAUUUGGAUAGACCUUAAAAGUGCAUGUACGCAGUUGCACGCAAUGUUUGUAUACUUUACCCACCUCCGAGGAUAGUGGCGGCCUCGAGUCCCUGACACUGUUAUUUUAGGAGUCGCAGGCUGAAAAGUUUGGGAACCCGUGACGUAGGACUGCCCCACCUAUAUACAAGAUAACAAGCAACUAAACUAAAAACAAAGAAUCAACUAUGCUAACAGAUUAUAAAACAAAGUAUACAUAGCCAAUUUGAUUGCAUUUAUUUAUUAAGAAGUAAUCAUCAUAUCAGAACGUCAUUUAGACAUAAAUAAAAACAUAUGAUCAUCUGUAUUUCCUCUUUUCAGCUAGAAAUGAAGAAAAGAAAGUUGUAUUAAAAGAGCAGGCAUCUUUUGUCAUUUGUGAUAGUUUAUGGACCGUAACAAAUCAGAUGGAUCAACGUUGUGUACCAUACAGGGUUAGUGGAGAGCAGAGUUUCUACCCCAUGUCAUUUCUGUAAAUGGAUACAGUGUUGAUGUCAAACUGAGACAGACUGCCACAUCUGUGAUAUACCAGCAGGUUUAGGUCUGGGACGUAAAAAUGAAAGCGUCUCAUGUCAUCGUGUUUUGUUUGCAGAGGUGGACAGUAACAAAGUAAAUUUGCCUGAGUACUGUACUUAAGUACACUUUUUGAGUAUCUGUACUUUACUUGAGUAUUAUUUUUUCUGAGUACUUGUACUUUAACUUCACUACAUUUGAAAGCCAAAUAUCAUACUUUUUACUCCACUACAUUUAUAAAAAGGUCCAAAAGUAGAAAAUGGUUUCUAUGCAGCGGGUUUCCUGUGUGCGCAAUUUAUCU